AUGUCCUGCCUGUCCAGACCUGCUGUCACAGGGGUCCGGGGUUCCCGGGGACCCCCCAAGCUGUCCCACCCCCUGGGAGUCCUGGCGGGGCCCGGGAAUGUGGCCGAGUCUGUUGUUGACCCCGACAUGGAGAACCUGUUCGAGGACUUCCUGGGGAAAGUGACGAUGGUGGCCUCGGCGGCCUCGCGCCCCCCGGCCCAGCCAUACCACUACGUGCUGCGGGACACGGAGCAGAAGGGGCUGUGCCUGCAGGACGGGCACCUGGUGGCCACCAGCCUGCAGGUUGCCAACGCCGCCCAGGAAGAGCCCAUCAGCGUCGUGCCCAACCGGCACCUGGAGCGCCGGCGCUGCCCCCUCAUCGUGGGCAUCCGCGGGGGCACCCGCGCCCUGUCCUGCGGCACCGGCCCCGAGCCUCGGCUGCACCUCGAGGACGUGGGGCUGCUGGAGCUGUUCUCAAAGAUGGGGGACGAGGCCACACCCUUCACCUUCUACAAGACCUUCGGGGGGUCCACGCACACCUUCGAGGCCGCAGCGUUCCCAGGGCUGUUCCUCAGCACGGCUCCAGGCCCGGGGGAGGCCCUGGCCAUGGCCCCCCCACACGGGGCCACCGCCUUCUACCUGCGCCGAAAGUGACCCCGGCACCCACGGUGGGGGGCACUCAUGGGGGGCACGCAUGGGGGGGACAUUCGUGGGUGGGGGUGUCCUCCCUCCCAAA